AUGAUAUUAAAUUGGGUGGUUCUCACACUCCUCGCCGCUGUCCACGACGACGACGUCGUCAACGAGCACGGUGGAGACCGUGGAAGGCACGCACGUGUUCCACCUAUGCGCGGCUACAGAUAUCUGCGGGGCAUCGGCGCCGGCAAGUUCGUCCGCUCGGGUACCUUCCCCGCCGGCGGCUACCUCUGGUCCCUCCGGUUCUACCCCGGCGGCGACGGCGGCAGCAGCAGCAGCAGCCUGGAAUGCUCCUUCCACGCGGACUUCAUGGCCAAGGGAGCCAGCACGAAGGCGUGCUUCACCAUCGGGCUCGUGAACCAGGCGGACGGGUCCACGCGCUGGGAGCCGACCACGCCGCUGAUCGCCCUCAGCACCGCUGGCCACGGCUCGCCGUCGGCUAGGAUCACUGUCCGGAGGAGCAAGGUAGAAAACUUCGCCGUUCUCCGCGGAGACCGCGUCACGGUCGUCUGUGUCGUCGGGGUUGUCAGAAAGCCCCGGGUCUCCGCGGCGGCGGAGCCCGUGUCGAGAGUCAAGGUGCCGCCGCCGGACUUGCCGGAGUGUCUCGGGAGGUUGCUGGACGACGGGGUGGAGACCGACGUGACCGUCCAUAUGGGAGACAAGACAUUCGCCGCGCACAAGAUCGUGCUCGCCAUGCGGUCGCCGGUCUUCCAUGGCAGCUCUACGGGCCAAUGA